GGUGUAUUAAAGCAGCUGAAGAGCCUUUAACAGUGUUCUUCUCACCUGCAGACCUGAGAACAUCACAGCUUAAAGAUGAAAGCCCAGUUCUUCACACUUCUUGCAGUGUGUCUGCUUCCCACUGUUAUGAGUGAAGGCUCUUCAGCAGAUUGGUGCUACCAUCUGCACACCUGCAAUUACACCACAUGGUCACACACAGUGGUGGAACACUGUAACGGCACCCAGCAGUCUCCUGUUAAUAUUGUGACCACUGAUGUCCAGGAGGACGCCAGCCUGACUGCCUUCAACUUCACUGGGUUUGAUGAUAAUUCCACAGUCCUGCAGAUUCAAAACGCAGACGGAAAAUCAGUGAAGGUAGGUCUGGACGACAGUAAGAUGAGUGUGUCUGGAGGGGGUCUUCCAGGCGUAUACAAGACCCAGCAGAUGCACCUUCACUGGGGCAACGGCAGCUCUGCACCUGGAUCAGAGCACACUGUGAAUGGCAAACAAUAUCCCAUGGAGCUGCACAUAGUUAACAUGAAGUCCACCCACCCAAACAUAAGUGUCGCUCUCGGGGACUCAACAGGAUUGGCUGUUCUUGGUUUCUUCAUUGAAGCAACCAAUGACACUGGUUAUCCAGAGAGCUGGAAGAACCUGACGUCCUACCUGUCGAGCAUUCCUAACAAAGGUGACACGGUGGACAUCAUGUACCAGUUCACUAUGGACAGUCUUCUUCAAGGGGUGGACAGGACUAAAUAUUAUCGCUACCUCGGCUCCCUGACCACGCCCUCCUGCAAUGAAGCUGUGGUGUGGACCGUCUUCAAAGAGCCCAUCAAAGUCAGCCAAGACUUGAUCAACCUCUUCAGCACCACCGUGUACAUCAAUACAACAAACCACCCACUGAUGACCAACACCUACAGGGGAGUCCAGCCCCUGAACACCAGAGUGAUAACAACCCAGCGUUCAUCAGCAACCACACCCUACCACACCCUGUCCAUCAGCACCACCACCACCGCUGCACUGCUGCUCUACUCUCUACUGAGCUGGUUGUAGUGUGCAGUGAUUGGACAGAAUUUUGCUUCUAUUGAGGAAUGAGUGUCUAGUCUAGACCUACGUCUUCACCAAAUAGAGGAUCCACUAACUGGACCAAUACUUAAUACAAAAUGAUCAUCAUGUUGUAUGAAGAGAUAAUGAAGCCACUGAAGGUUAUUUUUGUAAUGAAGGUUCAGAUGAUGAAUUCAAACUCAGGGAGAAUGUGCUUUUUAUGUGCAAUGUAUCUGUAUUAAAUAAUUUACUGAUGUACAAAAAGAGUAAAAUGUUUGGUGAUAUGUAUUUAUUAUAUAUGCCAUGUUUUCUUACUAUUGUAAACAGUUGUUUCUAUAAAAAAAGAGAAUAGCAGGACAUUGUGCUGCAUUAACAGGACAAACUGAAAUUGUGUGUGUUGUAAUAAUCACUAGUAUGAAUAAAUGCCGUUUGAGCUGUUAUUUGUGAAGAAGAAAAAAAAACUACACUAUGCAAUCCAGACAGACAACAGUUAGAAACAUUUUAAAAUAAAGAUAUUUUUACACUAAUAACAGUCUUUACAAGGUCAUAUGUUACUUUACAACAUGUGUAAUAAUGCCCUGCUAAGUGCAGUUCAGCCACUGAACC